ACCAUCAACACAUCCAUGCUAUAUAUACUCGACAUGUACCAGUCCAUCCACAACAUUGUCCACUGAUAUCCAGAACUGCAAAGAUGAAGAUCGCCCUCGUCCUCCUGUUCCUGACUGCCAUGGUGGCCCUGCCCGGAACCGAUUCCUGGGGUAUUCGUUUCCCUCGUUUCAGGAGUAUUGUACGUACAGUUGGAGGUGCCGUCAGACGCGUCGCUUCGAAGGUAGUCUCAACUGUCAAAAAGGUUGGAGAUGCAAUUAAAUCCGGUAAACGAGACGUGAGCGAGUUUGACGUGGACGGCGACGGUCAAGUCAGUGACGACGAGAUCAUGAUGGUGCUGGCAACCAGAGACGUGGAUGACCUUGUCCAGGAUGGUUACGUAACAGAAUCAGACAAGGAAGACAUCAGCCUCUACCAGCGUCACGUCCGGGAAGAUGCAGAUCUCGAGAUGGAAUAAUCAUGUGGACAAGCGAAACUCAAUAUGUCCAAUUCCUCUAUCUGUGUAACGAGAAGAGAAUGAACAUACAUAAAGUCACAAAAAGCGAA